UUUCUUAUUUUUCUCCUGUGAUUGGAAUGCCCAGGAGGUUACAUUGUAUCACAGAUAGCCAGUAUCUGUUGUUGUAUCGCUAGGUACAAAGUAUCAAUCUUUACCUACUUAAAAUGAGGUUACGCCUGUAAAUCAAUCACCCCUGUUCAUGACAACAGUCAAUAAGUAGCAGUACCCUGAAGCCAUGGCGGACGAUUUGGACGAAUUGCUAGAUGAGGUUGAAACAAACUUCUGUCGCAAUGUUUCGUUGAUGCCACUACUUCAAGCUCCUUCAGAUUGAUCGACUGCUGGGAAAUGUUUAAUGCAAACUGGGAGAGAAAGGAAACACUGCACCACUGAUGAUACACCCAGAAAAACUGACAGCGAAGAUAUAGAUGCCCUUCUUGAGGACAUACUUGACAAUGACUUUGAUUCCCUUGAGCUAAACACAGGACAGCUUCCUAAAACGACGAAGAGGAAGUCAUUGCCACAGUCAACAAGAAACAGGUGCUGCCCUGUUUUCCUUGGUGGAAGUUCCAUUGCAAAUGGUGUAGGAACAGCUGUUUCACAAAGGUCAUGUGACCAGCUGAGCUGUAUCUCCUGUGACUUUCGGGUGGCCAUGUUUGACGAUCAUGAAUGGGACCCCUCUUGUGAUUACCUCUUCUUCAGGAACAACAUGCCAGACUGUCAGAAGUUGCGGGCCAAGCUGAGGAGAAGGAAAGGGGUGCGAGCGUAUGCCUGCCAGUGUAGCUGGCACUCUGCUCGAGACCUCACCGACCUGAGAGAACAGCACCAGCUCAAGAACAACAUGCCAGACUGUCAGAAGUUGCGGGCCAAGCUGAGGAGAAGGAAAGGGGUCGAGCGUAUGCCUGCCAGUGUAGCUGGCACUCUGCUCGAGACCUCACCGACCUGAGAGAACAGCACCAGCUCAAGUGGGUCUGUGGGAAGCAUUAUGUGUGACAGUCUUCUCUCUAUCACACACACACACACACCACUUUGCAGUUACUUGUUAUAGACAUCCCAACACAUUUUUCUGCCUUGAGAAUGAUGUAGGUCUUUCUCUGCAUUACAGUUAGUGUGUUCUGGGUUUAAAGGUAAAUUAACAAGGUAGGUCUUCUGCUAUCUUUAGAGAUGUGAUUUUAGCUAUCUCAGUCUUAAGAGCAGGUAUAUGCCAGACCAUACUUGUGUGAAAACGGUACUUAGAAAAGACGAGGCUAAAUUGAAUGUCUUUUAUGUAAAAAAAAAAAAUUUUGUAAUGAAGUCAUUCCAUUAUCUGGUAGUAUUUCAUAUACAAUGCUGUUACAUGCUUUUCUGUAGCCUUUCCUCCCCUUAGUUUCUAUCUCCUGUGUCCUUUGUUUAUUUCCUCUUCUGACCCUUUGAGUAAAAUGCAUUCUCUGUUUUAAGGGAUUUAUGAUCUUACCAUUCAUGUAUUGUGUAUAAUAUGACGGUGAGGUUAGUGGGAAGUUAAAUGACGCAAACCUUUCCUGUUGCAUCUGUGCUACACAUUUAGACAUAACAUUAACCAUAAAAGCAUUACUUCA